AUGGGAUCCUCUAUUGGUAAUAAAUUUUGUGGAAGUUGUGGAGAAAGGCAGCAAACUUUUGAAUUCUUUGACGACAAAGGCGACAACGACACCAUUUUCCAAGAAAAAGCCUUUAAAGAGCUGAGUUUACUAGAAAUAUUGAAAGGCAAAGAUUAUAGCUCAAGGAUUACUACAUGUGAAAACGAUAAAAGCAAUAUCGAAGACAGGAGCAACUUGAGGCAGAGUUUUUUCACCCAAAAAGACACAACUUUUGACACUUGGUUCGAGAUAAUGCCGUCAGAAAAUUGUCAUGGAAGAAGAUAUUUAAAUAAAUAUGAAAAAUCAAUUGACAAAAGUGAUAGUAGAAAGGCUGACAAAAGCACUCAAUGUAUCUCUAGAAAAAGGCAUUUUCAUCAGAGGUCUCUUUCUAGCAACAUAAAUGAAAGCUCUGUUAAUUUAAUUGACGAAAUAAAGCACCGGAAAGAUAUUUACAGAAAAAGACAUAAAUAG